AUGAGAUCGACAAAAGCAUAUACAUGUUACAUGGAUCAUGUAAAUGAAAGGACUAUGAUACUGAAUAUGGAAGUAUACCACGGCUUAAGCUUUACAAACGAACACUUGGAAAGGGCUCUACCCCCGCUUACUGCAAACGCUACAAAUGCGCAUUCUUCCAUCCUGCGUAGUGGAUUUUAUAGAACGAUGAUGAUGAAGUCUUCGGAACGUUGUCAGAGUAUCCUUCUCUUAGGUGGUUGGCCUGACAGGCUCCACCUGCUUGAGUUUGGAGUUAGAGUUGCCCUUCUUCCAAGAUGGUUGUUGCCGGGAGGCUAG